AUGAAACCCAUGAAACUGAAAGGUUUCACAAAUAUUCCAAUCAGGUUUUAUUUUCAACAAAGCCUAUCACAAAUGGAAUCGCUCAGGAGGUUUGAUGAAGCGCUCAAAAAAUUUGAAGAAAAGGUUGAGGAAUACAAAAACAGUAAGAGCAAUAAAUCAACAAGCCUGUCGCAGGCCAAAGUUUUACAAUAUUUUAGGGCAAUGAAACAGAAAAGUUGUAGAGUAUUACAGGGCAAGCGUAUACAUAGGAUUAUGGAACAGAAGAAGGAGUUUGAAAGCCAAAGCAUGACUUUGGCCUGCAGUAUAGAAGAAGGUAUAAGUGAGCGAAACAAACACUCUCUAAUCAAUCAGCCAAUAAGCAAUGCACCAGAUCGAUCCAUGGCUGAGCAUUUAGUAGAAAAAUCAGCAAAUACUAUUCAGGAUCAAAAUACUACCACUCAAAGUCAGCCCUUAGCUGGAUCUAUAGAUUUGUCGGCAAACACACGUAGAAUUUUCAUAGUUCCUGCAGAUUCUGGUGAUUCUCCAGUAACUAUGCCUGGAUGUGUGAAAUCUGAUUUACAUAACAGUAAACAAUGUGCGAUUAAAACUAAAGGGCCUAACUUUAAAGGAUUGAUCAGGGAAUCAUUAUAUUUGAGGAAAUCGAUAUCCUUUACUGAGAAUGGUGCUUCCGUAAAAAGAAUGAUUGAUAAUAAUUUUGAGUGCCGCACAAAAAUUGAAGACGCUGACAGUACUGAAAAUACAGGCAAGUAUGCAGCUGAAAACGAGAAACCGAAGGGUGGAGAUAUAAAUGAAAAAAUCAAAUAUUCAAAAGAGUUUCUCACCCAAUUUUUUGUUAAUUUAAAGAAAAACAAUGAUGCGCAAUUUGCUUUAUGUGAAACACCAACGAAAAAGACUGAUGGCAUGACAAAAAGUGAUAAAUCAGAAAGUACAGUGCAAUAUCAUAGUAUUAGAGGUUUAAAUGGAAAGAGGACCGAAUCGCCACCAGCAUUCCAAGAGUCUGUGCAUGGCAAUACAGAGUUUUCAAAAACGUUAAACUAUCCAAUAUUUACUAACAUAACGGUCGACAGAAGGAAAACGUACGUAAAUGCAAGGCCAAAUUUGGUUUUAAACAGAUUCAAAAGGAGAGGUAAAAAUAGUACCACAACAAAUGCAAGCGAACAAAAAUUAAUUUUGGCUGAUAAGCAUUCACUUGUCCAGCUAAUGAAAGAUAGAAAUGAGAUAUAUUCAAAAAUUUGUGAUAAAGCUCUAAAGGAAAAGCUAGAAAGCAUUGAUAGAAGGCUUUUUGAGAGCAUCUAUGUACCAUUCCCUGUAAUUUGUGAAUGCUGUGUUGAUGGCAGAAGGUUUGAUUUACAUGAUGAUUUAAGGUUCGAUAGCACAGUUUAUCCAAGUGAGCUUAGGGAUGUUCCAUUGUUAGAAAGUGAAAAGAUAUAUAGUAUUGUCGAAAAAUACUUAAAAGAAGACGACCUGAAAAAGGAUAGGUCUAAAUUCAAAGAGAAGAUGGUACAGUUGCUGAAAAGGCAAGAUUUUAAAAAUGAUCUGCCGGGUUUAAUGAGUUUAACUAAAACUGAUAGUGAAAAUGAACCAAACACAGAAAUGGUGGAAAGAUUACUUUUAGUACUGAACAGAGGAGACAUCCAUACUGACUUGAGGCUGAUAAGUCUUCUGGAUAGAACAAUUGAGACGUUAUCGAAGUCGAAAGAUCCAUUCACUUGUAAGGUUGCAGUUAAUAUGGCUAUCUGUAAAAAGUAUGUGGAGGAUUUUGUUGAGCUGAAGAGGAUAAUUGAAGAGUCUACCAGUUUAAAGCUUUGA